AUAUAAUAACAAUCCCGACGCUAAGCCAGAAGUGGGCUCGUGAAUGCUUUGUUAAUGCCGUUCUAUAUAAUGAGAAUACGUUUAUCGACUCCGCCUCCAGCUUCACAAUGAGUGCUUCAUCCACCGCUUCUCAAUUUCCUUCACAAGCUCCGCAGGAGCCUCCAGAUAUGCCGAAGCAUUGGAAGGUCCCGGAGGACGAUGGAAGUUUGCUAUCAAGCAUCAAAAUCCUCGCGUUUCGUAUACUCUGCCUCAUCGCGAUCACUCGUCCCUCCCUCGGUGUUCACUGUUGGGUUUCCAAGAGUGAUGACAAAGAGUGGGAGAAACAUCGAAAGAUGGUUUGUGACAAGCUUAAUGCGUCAAACAUUGCGGCAGGGCUGAUUUUGACAACUAGCGCAGUCUAUCUGACUACCCAGCCACCGCCUACAGAAAUGAAUCUGUUGCCCUACACAACGUUAGCAUCCUACAUAUUCUCUAUUCUAUCCUUCGUGCAGGCAUUGGCAAGUAUGCUGGCAGGCGUUGCUGUUAUUGCCGUGUAUGAAUCUUGUGACAGGGAGUGGACUUUGAAGGUUGGCGAUGAUUCAUGCCGACUCAAUGGGUCAUUAAUACUUCAUCCCGCAGGUCCUCACCUCCACUCGCUUCCGCGUAUGUUGCACUCUUAUGAUUAUAGCCAGUCCCAGCAUUUCCCUUGUUGUCUCUAUCUUCUGUCUCAUGGCCGCACUCAUGAUCGCUGGCCUAACGUCUGGUGUUUGGUUCAUCCGGCUAAUCGUCUACCUAGAAGUUGCAUGCUGGAUAUGGGUACCGUUUAUUUUCCUAUGGUGUGCUGUUCCGGAGGAGUUUUGGGACACUCACCUGCGAUCGAUCAGGGUCGGAGGUGUCGCACGUUCUCUGAUGCGAAUCCCGGGACCGUGGCGUAAACGACGACAAAGAUCGAUGCCGUAGCUAUGAUCGUGAAGUAGAUUAUAUGGGACAUUGGACGGGGUAAUUUAUGACUCUAGCUU